UGUGCUCCGCUCAUAUGUCACAACAAUGCGUGCGCAUCCCUCGCCCUCAACCAGUUUCGCCAAAAAUAUUUGUGAUUACAUUUACUUGCGGGUCAAUGAUGUAUAAAACUGAACAAUUGAUACACAAGACGAACGCUUAACCUACACCUACACACAUAUACACACAAGCGCGCAUAUCUUCAUUGCAAGUCAUGCUGCCAGUCGAGCAUUAAUGCCGCCGCCGCCAACGCAAACGGAUGACGAUGAUGAUGCUGUACAAGUAGUCGAAACAGGGACUUCGCCUUUUUAUACAUACAAGCCGAAAGCUUUCCACGUACAUGCUACCGGUUCAAUCGGAUUACAAGAAAAUCACCGUCAGCGGCACCAGCAGCUAGCAGAAUGUCUGGAACGGGCAACACAAGCAGCAAUUCGGGCAGUACCAAGAGCUCGAAUACUCGCGUGACUGUGGCUUCUGGCAGCGCUGCAGGCACAAGCAUCGGCGUGGACGGCUCCUCCUACAUACGCACAAUCGAAUGGAACAUGAUGAACAAAGCCAAAUUCUUUCCGCUGUCCAUGCUGAGCUCGUUCUCCGUGCGAUGCUGCCUUUUUCCACUGACUGUGAUCAAGACGCAGCUGCAGGUGCAGCACAAGAGUGAUGUCUAUAAGGGCAUGAUCGAUUGUGCCAUGAAGAUAUAUCGGUCGGAAGGUGUGGCAGGAUUGUAUCGCGGCUUCUGGAUCUCGUCGGUGCAGAUUGUGUCGGGAGUCUUCUACAUCAGCACAUACGAAGGUGUGCGUCACAUACUCACUGAUCUGGGUGCUGGACACCGUGUGAAGGCCUUAGUUGGCGGUGGCUGUGCGUCACUGGUGGGUCAAACCAUAAUAGUUCCUUUCGAUGUUAUAUCACAGCAUGCCAUGGUGUUGGGCAUGUCGGCGCAUGCGGGCUCCAAGUUUGAUGUUAAUCCACUGGGCAUUAAAUCGUGGCCCGGCCGCAGUCGCCUGCAUAUAUCCAUGGAUAUAGCACGUGAGAUCAUGCGACGCGAUGGCCUGAGCGGCUUCUACAGAGGCUACACAGCCAGCCUGAUGGCCUACGUUCCGAAUUCAGCCAUGUGGUGGGCAUUCUACCAUCUCUAUCAGGACGAAUUGUGCCGUAUCUGCCCCGUGUGGGUAUCCCAUCUAUUUAUACAGUGUGUGGCGGGCAGUUUAGGAGGUUUUACAACGACAAUAUUAACCAAUCCCCUAGAUAUAGUGAGAACGCGUUUGCAGGUACAUCGAUUGGACUCGAUGGGCACCGCUUUCCGUGAGUUGUGGCAUGAGGAGAAACUAAAUUGCUUUUUCAAGGGCCUUGCGGCACGUCUAGUGCAAUCGGCCGCCUUCUCAUUUAGCAUUAUCUUAGGUUAUGAAACCAUCAAGCGCAUUGCCAUCGACGAGCAAUACAAGAAUCAGAUACGCUGGUAAAUAAAGCGCACAAUCGAAGCAAGUACAUCAACAUCUCUGAAUCAAUAACCAGGAAUACUGCAUUUAUGCGACCGACCACAACGGAACACGCUAAAGCAACCACCCACAAAUCAACGCUGUCGAUAACAACCUUAACAAUUACACAUUCGUGAAAGAUAUGUUGUUGAGAAGGAGCUAGACUUGCUAAAUGAUUUUGUAAAUAACUGUCAAGGAAAUUCUUAAUGGAAGAAAGUUAGUAAAUGCGCAAGUUUAUUAGCUAAAUAAUAAUUGCGAGUGCAGCUGAAACUUAUUCUUAGUUAUGAAUUUGAGAAGAAAUAGAAGUCAAAUUUUGAAGCGCUAUAAAAUGUUCAACAUAUUUGAAUGCAAUUUAAUUUUUAAAAACCCAAAGUUGUAGCUUAAAGUGUAAAUUUAUUUGUUAUUAUAAUUAUUUUAUACUAUAUAUUCAAUUAGCACAAGAAGCAGUCUACGAGUUGAUUAACACAAUUCGUUCUUAAUGAUUUAGCCUUGAAUUGAUGUAAUUGAUGAUGAUGUUAAUCAUAAUGUACAUCAUAGUAAACAAAACUGGACAAAACUGGUCAUAUGUGUAAAAACACUUGUCUCAGUGUCAAUUUGGUGGGCACGGGGCUUUCGGGAAAAGUUAGAUGGCACUGCCUCUAAGAAGAUAUUUAAGCAUGUGUGUGUUCGUUUGAAUGAAAACUAGAUUUAUUGUAUAUUGUAAUAAAGUACAAACCAAGAAUUCCAA